AGUCCAACGUGGUUUCUUCUCAGAGACUGCUUCACAUUUUCUACACUUGUUUGGUAAGUUGAAAACCUCGACCAGCAUGCAGAGGACCGUGCACGCGCCUCUGCAGGUCUGUAGUGUUUGCUGAAAGAGAUUCUUGUGACUUUUUCUCCUGCUUUCCUCAUGCAACAGCUUGUUUUGUUGUUCGCUUCAAGUAGUCGUGCUGAAAACGUCUUUUUAUUUAUUUUGGUUACUUAUUUUCUUGGUGCAAAUCGAAGAGUUAAAGUGUCUUGUGGGGUCCGUUGGAGAGGGUGCAUUGUCAUUUCACUUCGCCGGAGUAUCUGUUCGCUGUUGUUGAAGUUGAACGCGGAGUCAAGUGCCGCUGCUGCUGCUGCUGCUGCUCGGACUGUCUGUCUGUCUGUCUGUCUGUCAGGCAGCAGCAGAGACAAGUCUGCAGGAAUUCAGCUCAAAGUCUGAUGAAAACAAACCAAACGCGUUUUUGCAGACUAGGAUGACCAUUGCACAUCACACAUGUUUGGCACGCCUCGUAGCUUUUCUGUUAUUUCUCAAACGCCGGAUGGAGAACCGCAUCAUUGUCACGCCUGUCCCGUCUCGGGAUACGCAGAGCCGGCGCUCGUCCCGGACUCUGUGGUUCACCAGUGACCGUGUGGGAAAUGAAAGCUCAGUCUGUCCGCUGUCACUCCGGUCAAAGAGAAAAGAGUGAUGCUCUGCUCCCAGUGAAAUUUACGCUUUCCCGUUUCUCUUGACCAGCAAAGUGACCAACAUUACGUCAUUCUGCAGGCCAGUCGAUAUGUGAUUAAGCGCCGAGAUGUUGAGGGAUACUUUCACGAAGGUUGUGCUGACGGUGCGCGCUCCGUGGGUCCAGACUGUACAAAAAAACAAGAAGAGAGAUGUCUUAAACAUUUGAUUAGUCUCUGCUGUCAUUAUGUUGAAGUGACAACACUAUCAAUAACAGGCCGUUUGUCUGGCACACUUGUGUAGAUCAAUGUGAGGCUUACUGUGCUCCUUAAAUUGGCUGUGUUAAUAGCAGAUGAUAAAAGGUAUUAAGAGUCUUAAACUGGCAGAAGUAAUUCACAUUGUUUACACACUGAGUUUAUACUUUGAUUUGAUAUUUUACUUUAGCUUUAUGAUAACUGUAUACAUGAGAAAUAAGCAGCUGUAGUGAGGAUUGGAAAAUAAUUACUUUAUGCAUUUUCCUUUAUUUACUGUAGGUAGUCUUUACAAAUGUGUUUUUAAAUUUUCAGAACUUCAAAAUAUUGAAACUGCCAUAGAAAUAUUUUUUCACUACAUUGAUUUAUCAGCAAAAUCCUCUUUUCUACUAAAGAAAAAUGCAUAAUAUAGAAGCGCUCAGCCUCCUUAGAGUGUUUUAACUUACUGGAUAGUUUGUGGUAUUUCAGAGCCUUGAUAUAGAUCCAGAUCUUCCCAUAUUUAGCACACAUUUCAGCUUGAUUACAGUCCAGCAGCAUUGAAAGUUGACCUUUAUUUGUUGAUAGUUGCUGCAGGCAUGACUUCAAGGUAAAACAUACUUUUGUUUAUGACAACUAAUGUAGAAAGGGUUCAAAUAACAGAAAUCAUAACAACAAUCGCAAAGUCCAAUCAUCAGUUUGGCCACAGAACUCAAAAAAUGUUGCAUAUGUUUUAUUAUCUGAAUACAAGUUUAUUGUGGAAAGUUUCUCUCUGUUUGGGCUCUGAAAUAAAACUUUUUUGGAGGAGUAAUGGGUGUGGAAUUUGUGUCAUCUAAAGGGACAUUUUGUGUCAGUUAUGGGUUUAAGAGAGCAGCAACAGAUCGUUCUUGAGGUUUACAUCAUAGUGUUUUUUUUGUCACGCAUUCACUCCUCAGAGCAGAGAUUCAGGGCAGAUUGUCUAAGAAAGAGGGCCAUGUUCUUCACCCCAGGCUUCGUCGUGAUCCCACCUUGAACUUGUGCUGUCAAAGGCCCAGGCUGUGGGGAGCUGGAGAUUAGAAUUUCUGUGCAUGUUUGUGCUUGCUUUGACCCCGUAUGCCUUUGCACCCCAACCCCUCUUUUCCUCACCAUAUUGUUUAAAUUCUAAUGCGCAGUCUACCUGGAGAAUUCCUCCCCAGUUUCUCUUGAAAUUGAACGCCGGACUCUAAUCCUUCUUCUGCACACAUCAGGAUAUAGUUAAUGUAAAGUGUAACCAAAUUUCCUCUGCUAAACUAAAACAUCUAUAUCAAAUGAGAGCCAAGUAAAGGGCUUUGCGCUCAGACUAUUUGAAGUGUGAAAACUAUUGAAUAAUACACAGAGGCAUUCACAGAAUUAAUGGUUAAAAGUUUAAUGCCUCAUAUGGUUUGAAUUUCCUGGUAAUGUGAUGAAAUGAUGAAGUCUCAUUUUAGAAACAGGAAGGUAAAAGCAAAAUGUUUGCAUCUGUUCAAAAAUCAUGGAUGUCUAUCUCAUUUUUUCCUGAUGAAUGCUUUAGGGCAAAUUAUUGUAACAUUUAAGUUUUAAAUUAAGUGAGUCACAGUCGUGCAGGUGUUAAGGAUGAAAAUCUGCAAACAGCAGUAACAAGCGUUAAAGACAAAUUCUGUGAAGUCCAUUUGAAAUGUGAACUCAAAUCUUGUGUCAACAUAAGAAUAACUAGAAUUACGACCAUAGGAUUUUUGCUGCUCUAGAGUUUACCGUCAUCCAGGCUGUACUUUGUGUUCAUUUGGAUCUGCAGCAUUGGUCAUGUUUGUUGUGUCAGGGAACCAGGUGAGUUUUCAGGGGCCCUGUAGAAAAGACUCGGUGAGCUGGUGACAGAAAGAGAGAGCAGGGCUCAUUGCUCCCUGACAGAGAGACCCUGUCCAGACCCUGUUCUGCAGGCCCACUCAUGAAGUACGGCUUGUUAGGAAAACAGCACUGCUUAGCAUAACACAAUAUUUGAGUGUUUUGACUGCGCUUGAGGAAAUAGUCUGUACCCAUGAAAACAACACACAUGUACACAGUGUAUGAACGCAUUCAUGCCUGAAAUGGAUUGAUUUGCAUUCACUUGAAUUUAAAUUUUUUAUAAUUUGUUCUUGGUCUAGUUAAGACCAAGAGAAAUUUACUCAGCGUUAUGUGUGUUAAGUACAAAAAAAUAAGACUACUAGGAGCACGAUAACCUCAGCAAAUACUGCAUGUGAUCAUUUUAUUGCAUAGUAUGAACUUGACAUUGCAUUUUAAAAUAUUAUCUUAGUGAUAGAUUCAGAUUAAACAUAUCCAUGUUUGAGAUAAGAGCAGUGACACAACAGAGGCGAGUCUGAUGCUUUCAUUUUACGCCGGACUUUUAGUUUAUCCCCAAAUAUCUACACUAAGUUUUAUCUUUGCCAUGUCAGAGCAGUGAUGUCAUUUCUUUUUGUAUACCUACAUGGUGAACCAGACCCUUUUCACUUAGGGUCUAACUGGAGUAGAAAAAAGGAGGUGAUAAUUUAUGUCAACUGUGUUCAGAUUUGACUCAGAUUUCAGUUUGAGUGGUCAUGUCUUUUUUGCAUGUCUCGUACAAUGAGACCUGCAGGGAGAGAGAAAAAACGUCCUGCUAUUGAUCAGCACCUUGUCUCAUAGUAGAGAGUGGUUUCUGAGUAUGUUGAUUACUUCUGAGAGAAGGUUAAUGAAGACCAGUUAACACUUUUCUCACUCACACAGUCCGUUAAAACAUCCACCAGAGAGAGAGAUAGAGUGGAGGAUCUGCAGCACGAGCCUGUGGUGGUUGUCUGGAGUUUGUCUCUGGACAAAAAUAGGACCUUAAUUUGAGAAAUUCUCUGCAAUAAAACAGCCAGCAGUCAGAACAUACUGAAUGAUGUAAGCAGAAAGGACAAAAGUUUAAGUUUAAAAAAUUUCCAGUUGUACUUUUUGUAAUGAAUAUGACUUUUCCUCUUCUAUAAAACCUUUAUUUGUCAUAAGAAUUUUAAAGUGAAAUCGAUCUGAGUGAAGUGUUGCCUUUUUCUUAUUUGAACAUGGUUCUGCUUUUUCCACCUCACCUUACAAACAAACUGUUAGUUUAGAUACCCAGAACAGGUACAAGUACAUGAGCUUUUGUUAACUCAAUAAUGAAGUGUUAGAGGGCAUCUCAUGCACAUCAGACUUGAUGAAUGAUUAAAGCCUGCAUCAGAGAUUUUUAUGAGCAUGUCAUCACUUUUGGUUCGAUCUUGAGAAGAUGUUUCAAUGCUCUUUUUAUCACUGUUUUUUUUUCAGUUUUUGUUUUUGACUGAUAUCCAGUCAUAAAAACUCAGACUACUUUCAUUAUUUUAUUGUUUUUAGUGCAGAAUGCAUCAUUUCUCUUACUGUGUAAAAUGUAGUAACACUCUCAGAAAGUGUAGCCUUUUCAACUUUGUGGUGUUCCUGAUUAAUUUCUUUGUUUGUUAGUCUACUUACAGGGUUCAGUCAACAGGCUUUUAUGGUAAAGUUUGUCCCCUAUUUCACUUAAAAUUAUUAAACAGUCUAAAGCAGUAAUUGAGGGCAUUGCCAUUUGACAUGAUUCAUGACUAUGCCUGGAGUCUAAUAAGCAAUUACUUAUAAAGUACAUAUUUGGCAGUGGUUUCAGGUAAACAGAUAUAUUGUCUUGCAUUUGAGAGCUUGAAGCUAACUGAUGAUUUAAAGUUUUUUACUUUUAACUUUUUUUUAAAGAAAUGACUAAAAUUUUUCACCCAUCCUUUAUGCAUUGCUGCUCUGCCACUACUUUCCUUUUUCAUUCUCACUUGGAGCCACAGACUAUCAGAGCCAGUGUUUUAAAUCUUGUCAUGAUUGUUGUGCAGCUGAAACUGGAAAAAAAUAGAGUAUUGCAUGGGUAUCUCUGUUAAAGGAUCCUUAAUUUACAGUUUAGAUCUUCUCUUUUGUUAGAUUUAUGAGAAUAAAAAGGUCUUUUUAAUUACAACACAGACAGUUAUAGCUGCCAGACCAGCUCGAGAGGUGUCAAACCAGAAUCUGACUCGUGGUGGUGAGAAACAACAUCUUCAGACCCCUUGCGAACACUGUGGUUUCAGCUUUUCGGGUGUUGUUUGAUUGGAAACUUGAAAUGUGGUUAAUCGUGUCAUUGUGUCAUUGUGCUAAUUUAAAUGUGAAGUUUUCACACCUCUCUCUUGCAAGAAAGGUAAAUGUACUUCUGUUUACACAGCCGGUCUGACAGAAAUGAAUGAUUAAUACAUUGAAAAGAUUGUUAAGUUUUAUUGGGUGUUAUAAAAACAUUAUUUGUUGUUUACGGGUUUUUUUUUUUAUAAUUGACUAUACAGCAACUUUGAAUUAAUAUGAUUAGAAAUAUAAAAUAUGUAACAAAAAUGAUUGUAUGAAAGUGUGUGACUGUUUGAAUACUUUCCCUUACUCUGUACUGAGUUAUUGGAUGUGAUAUUUCCAGUCCUUGAGAAGCCAGAACCUUUCCCUUGAUGUCAUUUUAUUGGAUACUAGAAGACCGUAGCGUGAGAAAAAUGUCUGUUUAUUACUGAAAUAACCGCACAGCUGUUUCAGGUGCAGUGGCUAUUUUAUGUCAGGAGUUGCACAAUGAGCUUAUUUUUCCUCUUGGAUGUUGGCGGGGAAACUCAAGUCACUCACUUCCUCUCUUCUCUCUCGCUUUGUGUUUUUUUCCUUUUUUUUGUGUGUGUGUAGUUUUAUGAGACGGCGGCCAGAGUGAUGAACUCAGACCAGGAAAGGCCGUUCAUUUGCAACGCUCCUGGCUGUUCUCAGGUGAGUGUGUCCAAAUAAAACAACACAACACAACCGCCCAGGGUGCUUACAUGUCUAUGUGUGCUUGUGUGAGUGUAUGUCUGUAAUGUGAAGAGGUGUACAUUGAGGAGGUCCAGCGAGUGGGUUACUGGGUUUCUCAUGCAUUAUGAGAAACAGAAUAGUGUAGACCUGAGUGAAACACAAACUGUAAAUAAGGCUGCAGGUGUAAAAGUACCAAAUGGAAGAGAAGCUGCCUUUAAAAAGGAAAAAGAUAUGAGUCAAUGAUAUUUUAAGUUAAGACAUCAGUGUUUUGUACUUCACCAGAAAAGAAAUACUUCUGUCUUUUUGUUUGUUUUUUUGUUUUUUCGCAUGAAAUACAAAUUUUCUUUGCUUGAUAUCGAACAGCGAUUCCCCACCGAGGACCAUCUGAUGAUCCACCGACACAAGCAUGAGAUGACCCUAAAGUUCCCCUCCAUAAAGAACGACAACAUGUUAUCAGGUGAGUUACAACCACAUCAAUACAGACUCACGCUGCACCUCAGCAGGGUUCAUGUUUAGCUUGUAGUUCAUUUUCAGGUGUGUGCCUCGAUGACUCACGCUCAGACACACACGUCUGUCAUCAGGAAACUUCCUAGCAUGUCUAUACCGGUUGUUUACAGUAAUGCAAAUAAAACGACACGCUUUACCCUGCAGCUCAGCUCUAUUCAGUGCAUACCAACACACACAGGAGGAUACAGAGACAGUGAGGUAUGAUGGGUGCAUAUAGAGUGUCAGACGUGUCAUUAGUUUUAUCUUAAAGGCAGCGAGAGAUGACUUACAAUGGAUGGUGGGAUGUAAAAGCCCCAGGCGAUAUGUUGAUUGGGACAUAAAUCAGAUGUUCAAACAGCAAAUCACAGAUUGUGUACUGUAGGUGUCAAACCAAGGCCACUACAUAUUAUGUAUAGAUCUCUGUUCGUAGAAACAGACCAGCCAUUGGAGACAACAUUGUGAGCUGCUCAGUCUUUGCCACGGAGAUUGUGUCUUCUUUAUUAUUUACGCUCAGCCAACAACAGGAUCAGAUUUUCUAGGCCGGGUGUUCUUAUCGCCUGCUGUCUGAGUUACAGCUCUGACCAUUCCUCUUAUUCAGACCUUGAACUCAGGAAAAAUGGUCAGUGCUUAUAAGCUACAGUUCAGCCAUACAUGUGAACAGACCAUAACCUGAACAGGCCAUCACAAACUGUCUACUGUUUUCAUGUUGAACUGUCUAAAUUGUUGGGCUGAAGUUCAGCUUCUUUGUUGACUGAUAGGAGGUAUCUUUUCAUCAAAAACCCCAUAAAAAGGUCUUUUUUAAAUAAGUAGACCUCAGAUUGCAUUCUCAGCCAAAAUGGAAAAACUAUAUUUGGAAUAAAACUGUAUUUUGGGGCCACAGGUCAUGGUGAAAGUUGGAGUCAAUCCCUGGUCUAGCCAGAAUGGAUAAACAGACCACAAAGUCUGCUUUUAGCCUUUGAAACAAGCCUGAUCCUAAAAUCACCUUCAACUGUCUGAAACCUGAUCUUUGUGAACCCCCCACAAUGUCAAGUUGAAUACCUCAGCCCCACCAGGCUCAGCAAGUGAGACCCCCACUCAGUAGGUGGGAUCUGUACUUUAUCAGCUGAAAUGGGGCUGUCAGGCCCAGUAUCUCUCCCUCACUAACAGCAGUGAGGUUAUGUUUUCUUUCAGUACACAUGACAACAGUGGUCAUUUUUUGAGCUCAAGUCUUACUGUAGAUAUUCAUUUACUUUAGGAAAAGGUUUACUGUGGUCUGAAUGAAUACAUUUAAAGAAUAAACCGUAAUUUAUAGUCACUGAAUCAAUUUAGCUUUAAGAUAAAAACAAAACACCUCCACAAAUUAGAAUAUCAUGGAACAGCUCAGCAUUUACUUUCAACUUGGAAAGUGAUUUGUGGUAAAGGAGCCCCAAACCAAGUACUGAUAGUAUAAAUUAGUGUACUUUUCAGAAAUUGGACAUUUCUGUAUUUAAAGUCUGUUUUUGAUUGAUCUUAAGAAGCCAUACCCUUUACAAGUGAAACAAAAAGGGCUCGAAAUAUUUUUAUGUAAUGAAUAUAAAUCAUGAAAGUUAACCUUUGUGAAUAAAUGACAAAAAAAUGAAUGUUUUCACAGCAUUUUAAGUUGUUAAUAUUCAUUUGUACACCAUCCAUCAUGCUUACAUUCUAUUUGUCUUAACAUUCACUUAUUUGUAUUUGCACUGUGUUUGUCUGGUGCUCUUCUUUACAUGUAUUUAUAUGUUUCAAGUCACCACAAAUUAAACUUUGCUAUUAUCUGACAGUAGUGCAGAACAUCAAAUGAUAAAAUCCAUGUUGAUUAUUGUUUUUUGCUGGUUUUAAAUUAUUCAUACGAGGUUAAAAUAUUAGAACUAGAUUCAAAUAUGAGCCUGAUAUUUAUAGAUAUUUACAAUCCUAAUUUAAAAGCUAACUUGAAAACAUGUCCUUGAUUUCCAGACCAGACACCCACACCAACACGCUUCCUGAAGAACUGUGAGGAGGUGGGACUGUUUAGUGAACUGGACUGCUCCAUUGAGCAAGAGUUUUGCAAGGCCCAGGAGGAAGAGGACAGCAAACAGGUACCACCACAACAGAAAAGUCUCAAAAUAAAGUCUGAACUCAAAGCCACAGAGGUUAUAAAAUGAUACCAACUGUUUUGUGUUUAAAUCUGAUUUUUUAUAUAUAUCUUUAAAUGUGUUGCUGGGUGCCAUUCUUUUAUACCCUCAGCAUUUGUUGUGCACCAGAUACCACACUCCCUGAUCCUCAUCACUCUUGUUGAUAGUGACAGACAGGGUGAGCAGGUGGGGAUUUGUCACCCACCAUAGGCAGGGCGGAGAAGAUCAGGUUCUCCACCUGUAACUUCAAACAGAUCUUCAGCCAGCUUUCAGGGAAGGGUCCUGUUUCGUCCCUGGUGCAAAGACAAACCCCCAAGAGAACUUUUGUUGCAGCAGUAAAAGACCCGACCAGACAUUCUCACAUGUGCGCAGAGUGGCUUUGGCUUGACUUUUGACAAAGGACGUGAUCAUUUAUGCAUUAUAGAUCUGCCCUGAGGCAUCUCCACCUGAAACAAGGGUACUCGUCAAAUCACCACAAGACAGACUGCUUAUCUCAUGUCUGGAAAGAUGUGCAGUGUACGUUGGAGCUAAGCUGUCGUCUGGGUGGUUUGGCUCUGGAGCUUGUCUGCUCUCAGGUCAUCCUGGUCUGGCCCCCUUAGUCUGUGUGGUUUAUGAUGGGAGGCUCUGCUAAGUCAGCAGGAAGCGAGUUGAAGCAAGGCUCUGUUGAAGUGCAGAGUAGAAUACGCAAGUGAGAGUGAAAACAGCAAUUAGUUGGUAGUAAAUUACAAUCAGAACAUGUUUUAUCAGAAAAACUUCAGAUAUACAUAUUUUAUUUAAUUUAGGAUUGGUUAGACGAGGGCUGGGCGAUAAAACGAUUAUGAGAUAUAUCAAAAAUAAAUUUCCCUUGAUAUAGAUAUGAAACAUGCUCAAUAUGCUUUUCGACAGUCUGCCAUGUUUUGGUAGACUAUACGAAUAGCCAAUGAAGAGAGGAGUUGCUCCGGGUCACACCACACUGAACUAAUCAUGUGCUGAAUUAGAACCAUGUAAGAAACAUCUGCGUAGUGGCACGCUGCAGCUACACGCAACCAUAGCACUGUCGGUGAGAAAAAAAGAAAAUGAGAUCUACCCCCGGCAGAAAUGCAGAUGAAGGCUCAAUAGCUGACAACAUCGGUGACAACACUGGCACAAAAACGUUGGUGGUGUGGAGGUAUUUUGUUUUUUUGAGGUCAGACAUAAAGCAGAGUAAUGUGCAUUGAUUUUUUAUAUCACGAUACACAUCGAUAUCGACUGAUUUUGAAAAAAAUAUUGUGAUAAACUUUUUCCUGUAUCGCCCAGCCCUAGGUUAGACUAAACUAUUUUUAAAAAGUUGACUCUGUGUUCUCCUUGUUUUUGAAAAUCUUUGCAAAGGCCUUUUGGAUUAAAUUCAGUACAACCUUCUUCAAUUGCGUGUUUGUUUUCACAUAGAUACACAAAGCGUGGCGCUUUGUCCUCACUUCCAGUUCAGGGUUAUUUUGGGCUUAGUUUCUGCUACAAGUAAAAAAGGUAAAGCAAACAAACUGUCCUGCUGGGCAAAUAGCAAUAAAUAAACCUGGCUUUCAUUAGACUCUCACUGUUUUCCAAAAUCACUUCAGAAAAAGCCAGUAGAUCAUAGUUUAUAUAGUUCCUCAUUACUCACUCAAGCUAAGUGAGAGGAGCCCAAGGCCAAACAGACGUAAUUGCUUGUUACACACUGUUGUGUUGAAAAUACAUCUUGCUGUGAAGAAUGUGACACUCCUAAAGGAUUCCUAACCUUGUAUGCCCUUCUCACUUUUCUCCUUCCUUCAUCGCUGCAGAACAUCUCACUACACAGUCAGGCAGGCCAAGGCCAGCACCAGCAUUCCCACUCACGGAUGGGCAACCAUGAUACCAGCAUAGUGAUCCAGCAGGCCCUGCCCUCCCCUCAGUCCAGCUCUGUCAUCACUCAGGCUCCAUCCACCAACAGGCAGAUAGGGUGAGUACAAAAAAGCAGAUUUUUAAGAUUGGAAUAACAAGUGAGGCAGGUUUUGUUUUGUUGGCUCUUUUUGUGACUAAGUCGAGGAGCCUUUCUUGAGGACUGCUGACAGACUGAAAAUAACCUGAGAUGAUCUUAGUGUAUCCUCUCACCCUGUUAGUUAGAGCCACAGCCUUAGGCUCUGCCUGGUCUCUUUUUUGUCUGUGCCAAUUGUCAUCCCCACGUUACCCCUCUGAGGUAAUGUCAGGGUUUUGUUACAUUUAGAUCAGUGUGUGUGUGUGUGGUGGGGGGUGCCUGCGAUUCAUAUUUUUCUGUUCAUUGAGCAUUGUCCCACAGCAAAGCAUGCCAAAAACAUUCCCAAAGGACACGAUGAGGUCAUUGUUGAAGCUGCAGCCGUGACUGCUUUUACAACAGUUUAGCAUUUCAUGCUCUAAAAUAGUUCCUUUCACUGUAUGGGAAUUUCAGCCCCAAACCUUAGAGCUGUUUCUCUGAUACCUGUUCAUCCGCAUGCUAUAGGUGUAUAGUUACACCAGAAACAGACAAUAUUUUUAUUGCCAUAUGUGCAUUGCAAAGCACCUGCAGUGAUAUGAUGUGACAGGAUAAUCAAUGACGUCAAAAACAACCAAUUAUACAUUUUAGCAUUUUAACCAUGAUUAGGCUGUGGUGGGGCUAGGCCUUUUUUUUGUGUCUUUUUAUUUGAGUAAUAUGAUCAUCACCACAUGCAAGCUUUGAAACAGACUUUUUCUGUUAUAAGGACACUCGUCUGACCUCAUUCACUUCUUGUCUCUUAACCCCAACAACCUUGAAACCUGUGCCAGGGCUUUGUUACUGUAAACCAGACCUGUGGCAUGUCAGUUAGACAUUGAGAUGUCUCCGUGUUAUUUGCCUCUGCUGCGUUGAGGUUGUGCUGUGUAGAUUUACAGCUUGAGGAGCUUGUGAAUAUUGGAUGGGAGGCACAUCACUAAGCCUGACUGACACUCCGUCAGGCUCUUUGUUGAGGACAGGGGUGGAAUUUCAUCCCCCUUUGGAGGAGCAGCAAUCACUGCCAGUAACAGAGACUCUGCUUGGCCUGCUUCACCUGAGUUUACCUGUCAUUAAACACUCCUCACCUCGCUAAAGCGCAGAUGCACCACUUCACUUCUCUUCACAGUCCUUUAUGAUCACAAAUGUCUCGCUGAUUUGUUGAGAGACUGGUGGUUUUACUGCUGGCACACACACACAAAAACACAUCAAUUGAAAACCAGAGCUGGUAUGCCAUGUGGUGGUGAUUUUCAGCCACAAAAUGCAAAUAACUCUCAGCCAUAGUCAUGUGUAACACAUAAUUUGAGGCAUAACCAGAGCAGCAAUUGCAUAUGUGCAGGAGGAGUCGUUUGUUUACAAGCACAGUGGAAUCCUGACACUUGGAUGGGAAAGAGUAGAUUCACACCAAAGAAAACUGAUCUGGAAAUGUUCACAUCAGCAGGAAAUAGGGUUGAGGAAACCCCUACAAUAAAAAGUAGUCCUUCCACAGGAAGCCAUUAAGGCCAACUAAAGGCCCCAUGCGUAGGGUCUCUCCACAGGAACUUCCUUCACAGAGAUCGAGUCGGACAUUUCACCAGCUAGCUGUGCUCUGUUUAGAUUGAGAGUUAGGGAACGUAAGAGAGGUCAGAUCAGAUUCUGAAGAAAAAGCCUGAUGUUAACCCUUUAAGUGCAACUUUCAGUAGACAAUAAUGUAAAACAUGCUGUUUUUACUUUGAAAGCAUUAAUGCUACAUUUUGAUAAUAUUAACUAGAGAGGCAGAAACAUUUAUCUUUGUCAUGAAUAGAUCAUUUGUGUAAAAUUUUGACUCAAUUUUUGAAGUUCUUGGGAAGUAUACAGUACAUUUAUAAGGAAAAGUCACCAAUCAAAAUCAGUUUAAUCAAGUACAGUCUGUGUUUGUUCUCGCCUCUGCUGAACGCACAGCAUGAGCACCCAAUGAAUUAGGAUAACAAGUCAUUUUCAUUGCUCCACAAUGUUUACUAAAGAGCUUUGAGGCUUGGAAUCAAUUAGGAUUGGCUUUCCUCAAGUCCAUUUACUUUAGGGUUGAGCUGGGCCUGCAGCUGUGAAACCUGAGGACCUCUUUCCCUCUCUCUUUCUCUUGCUUUUUUCUCUCCCCUUCUGCUCCGAGUCCCGAAACAAAGUCUUUGGGGAACUGCACCGACACAAACCAGUGUUAAAACCAGGCAUAAGGAACAGCCAGCAGAUCUUAAUGUCACGGCUAUCAUUAUCACACAAAGGGAAGCAGCGGCCAACAGAUUUGAAUGCUUUCUGCUUUUCAAUUAUAAACAUCUGGUGCUGAGUUAUGUCAGAGUUAAGUGCGUUAGACGUUACUAGUCAACCAUGUGAGAUACAGCAUUGUGUGGAAACCUCAACCUUUUGACUCGUAAGAGGAGAUGUUCGAGUUUGGGUGUGGGCACGCAGAUUAAAAAUGACAUUCUUCUAUUCUGGCUCAGGAGAGGAAUUCAGCCCAAUCGUUUCCAUUACGUCGUAACACAAUCAACCUGACUGCAGCUGGGUUAAGUAAUGAUUGUAGUGCAGAUGUAGUAAAAUCACUGAUUACCAGUUUAUUAUGUUGUGAUAUUUAAAUGCUCAUUUAAAUUUUUUGGCUGUGUUUAAAUACAUUUGUUCUGUUCAAAAUGAGACUUUUAUUAAGAGUUGAAAUGAGUUAAGGAAUGAGGCCAUGCGACCCUAAAGGUGCAAAAUUGUCUUUCAAACCUCGACCGUACACCAUCAUGCACUUUGCAUUUUGGCACAUGCAAAGCUCAGAAGGAAGUCUACUUGCGGUUUUGUUUCCCAUGCAGCUUCAGACGCACAAUACUUUUUCACACCUCAGGGCUGACAGCUCCUUGUUUUUGCCCUUGAAAGGGAAGUAUCACAAAUAGCUGCUGGUCUUCGUACCUUCAGAUGAGCAGAGUUUCAUGCAAAGUCAGAGUGUUGGCUGACACGUACGCUGGUAAACUUCCUGUGUUAACUUCUCAAGAAGAUCUAGUGAUAUGCUGAUUGAUUAUUGAGAAUCUUUGGGUAGAAAUUAUUCUGAUCUCACAGCCUAGUUUUUUACAAUGCAACUCUGCUUUUGCUUUAAUGUUUAAAAAAAAAUUAAAUCUUAAUGGUCCCAUCUUGAUCAAAAUAAAAAGCAGUUCAUAUGCGACCUCAACCAAAAUGUGAAAUCUCGGUAGUUUCUGAUUCAGAUUUAAUUUCAGUGCUUCGCUCAGUCUUUUUGAUAACAGCCUGUUAAUGACAGCUAGUUUUGAUAACAUGCAUUUUUAAGUUGCAUUAAUUGUCAUGAAUUCAACAUAUAAUACAACAGUUUCUGCGUCCUUGUGUUAAACAAACAUAUGUGAUCACCCAUUGUGCUUGCACCAGAACAAAAGGCGUCCCCUCUCCUCUACAAGCGAGCUUUCCGUGGACGAACUUUGACCUCAUGAACUUCAAAAUUUAAACAAAACUUUCUUUAUUAUUGUUUAUGAUUAGAAAGUGGGGAUAAGGAGGGAGGUCCAUCCUGAGUGCAGGAGUGCAUGAGCUCUACGAAAAUGCCGGAGGUGCCCUCGUGCUCUAACUUGACAAAUGCCCUUCUUUAAAGGCUUAAAGGCAAAUGCGCUCAAUAUUUCCACCUGGGUAUAAACUUGAGAGCCUAAGCACAUGGAGAAGUAGCAGGUUGAGAAAACAGAAAGAUGCAUAAACAAGGUAAAGAAAAAAAAGUAUACAGUGUGAUCAAUUAGAAAAAAGGAAGAAGAGGAAAAGAAAGAGAGAGAGAAUGUAGGAUGUACAUCUGACCUGAAUUAAGAUGAGCUCAUUGUGUACUGCAGUGGAUUUAAUAGUGCGUUUGUAGAGGAACGCCCAGACUCUGUUCCCUCUCAUUCCAGCGGGGCUGUGUCAUCCCUGCCCCGGGGCCACCACACAUGCAGGCUCCUGCACAAGCAACUCACACACAGGGACAUGCCUCACAGCUCUGGAGAGCACACAGGAUCACAACGCAGGGAAGUGUGGAAAAGGGGGAUCAGAGGUGGACAGAGGAGAGGAAGAAAGGGAUCAGAGGUGGAUGGGGGAGAGGAAGAAGGGGAUAGGAGGUAGAUGGAAAGGGGGAAAUGAAGGAUCAGGAGGGUGGAAGUAAAAGAGAAGCGCAAGAUGUGAGGAUGGAAGUUUUCUAGCAGGAUGAUGGAAGAGAGGAUACAAGACACGUCUGCACAAGGAAAGGAAAAGAUAAAUCAUGUGUAGAUGGAGGAAUUGGACAAAGUUGAAUCAGAGGAAUGAAGGUGCGAGAAAAAAACAUUAACCGAGAUUAUGACGUGAAGCAGAAGAAAAUCUGAAUGGGAGAUAGAGGACUGGGACUGAUGAUGAUGGGUGCCAAGAACAAGAUGUGACCAGAUGAGAGGUGAAGGUUCAGAAGGAGAGAGACGGACAUGCUAAUGACUCAAAAAGUUUUAGUUGAAGAGGAGAGACAGGUGACUUAUCGGUGAAAGUGAAAGAGCCGCUAUUUGCCAAAUGUUACAACACCAGUGCGGUACUGCAGACAGGUGCCAGGUGAGCUUGUAUCCAGAUGACACAGAUGUUGUUGAAGACUUCUUUCUGUUUGAGUGGUUCUGUUCUGACAUGCUUUUUAUUUUACAAAAGACAACCCAUCUUUAACCCAACCUCAGCCAACUGCAUCCAAUCAAUCACAACAAUAUCGUAUUUGGUGAAAAAAUACCGCAACACUCACACUAAUUUGCUCCAGAGCAUCAUCCAAAACCAUUUCUCAAUUUUACUUUGGCACGGCUUAACUUAGCUAAAGGCUCCCUAAAGUGAGGACACCCCAGCCCAAGAUCCAUCUCAGUGCAGCACCCUCCCAGCAUCCAUCCCUCCUCGGGCCCGCUAAUAAAAGUCAGCCUGUGUCGUAACCCAUUAGAGCUGAUUUAUUUGAUCAGAUUCGUAUUAUUUCCUCAGUCCAAACCCCAUGGCACUCUCCUCCCACCAGUGAUUAAAGGCAGUAAAUCAGGGGCAGGUCCUGUGUAGUGUUUACUCAGAGAGCCAGGCAGCUGCAAGCUGUUUGAGGCCCUUGUUUCUCCCUCUGUUUACCCCUGUUCCCAUGGCGACUGCACCACCGUCUCCCGAGCGUCUGGAACUUGGCCCUGGGCUGUUUUGGUUACGUUCGAAAGUUUUUCGCUGCUGUGUCUACCCAGAGCUCGCAGUGACUUCACCCAGUGAGGAGAGGAGUGAGCACAGCUAUGUUGGACGAGUUCGAGGAGGGAAAGAGAGGGAAAGAGAGACGAGGAGAGGAGAGGAGGGAGGGACGAAAUCUAGGAGUGGGCCGGCACAGGGUGGGGGGAGGGCGAAAAGCCAAGAGCAUUACAUCAUUGCUGGAGCAGAGUCAGAAAGGGAAGGAUAUGAGUCAGUGGACUGACUGCACCUCUCUCUCUCCCUCUCUUGCUCCUCUUGGACAGCAGCCAGGCCCCUUGUGUUUAAGUCUCCAGUACUUGAGCUGGAGUUAGGACUGUGGGGACAGUGAAGCCUAGAGUGUGUGCAGACUGCAGGAUUUGUAGGUUAGAGCAAGCAGGUCCAGAGGGGCUUGUGUUGAGGUGUGGGCACCCUGAGGAGUCCUGAAAAGAGUUAUAGAGGAUUAACAGGACAAUGAGUGACUGUCAGUUCUGCUCCAUCAGAGAGAAAAAUAGCAGGAUAACUUCGACUGUGGAAGAAGAGAUAGAAAGCAAAAAGAUGGACUCGGCAAGGGAAGAGGGUCUUGCAGUGAUGUCAUGGUGGGGUGAAGGUGGGUGGGAGGGUGGUGCGGUGGUGAUUCUCAGGCAGGGAUUGUGGAGGAGAGCUGGGCUGAGAGCGAGGCACUCAGUAAUGUGAGAGCGCAGGGUCAGAGCUGCAGAGUGUCUACCUGCUCUCCCCUGGGGCCCACAGCCUGGGCUAUUAUCAAUCCCCUCAGUGGAGCCACAGCCUGUCAUUAUUCACCACACACUCACACACAUGUUCACACACAAGCACAUGCACGUAUUAACACACAAACACUCUUAACAUGCAUGCACUAAUCCUCCAUGCAGCCUACUGCAUAUUGUAUUCCCGACAACAGACGUAAACAAAGUACUCGUGUUUUAUAAGAGCUGACCUGGCAGAUUGAUUUUAUUACAUAUUGGCAAAAUCAGAAAUCCCUGACAUGAUUAUACUGAAAGUAAUGUUUCAGUGAAGUAUGUUGGUACCACCUGUGACAAAAAUGUAUCAAGAUUAUUUACUAACUUAUCUGCCGAGGGAUUUUCUAUCAGUGAGAGUAUAGAAAGCCAAGCACCUCAUUAAUUUCUCAUGUAGUAAAUCCAGCAGAGCCUUAUACAGAAGCCAAAAAUAUUAAAUUUAUUUCCUUUAAAGUAAUGUUUUUGGCUUUUGAGGUUACAUGAGACAGUAGGUGGAGUCCAAAGUUAGGGAAGAGAAUCAAUAAAUAUCCUCUUUUUAGGAUUCACAGAACCUUUUUUUCAUACGGGUGAGCAGUUUCAGUACACCAAAUUUAUACUUCCUUAAUCCUUUAUUUUUGUCAUCCUUCAUCUUCAAUUCAACAACCGUUUAUUAUUAAUUAUUCAUACUUCAGUAUGUGAAACACACACAUGCACACACACACGCACACACACAUAUAUAUAUAAAUGAAAAUCAGCAAAUAAGCAUUGAUUUUGAAAACGUGAUUUUUUUUCUGACACAACAAAAUUCUUCAAUUUGUUACUUUUGACUCUAGUAGGAUUAAGUCAUCUUAAUGCAUCAGCGGAGUCAGCACAAAGCUGAGUUGAUCCCCAGAAGGAGUGUUGUCACAUGUUAGUUUUGUUUUCACUCCCACUGGACAACCAGGUUGUGUUUUGGUGUGUGUAUUGGUGAUGGACGCAGCGUACGUCCUCUCCCUGAUGUGCCGCAGGUGAGCAAUGCUAACAGGCAGGCGCUGUAGUUCAGACUGUAGAGGCUUCAAAGGAGCUUUUGUUCUCUGGAAAGUAACAUCCAACAACCAGUGACCUGCUUGUGCUGUGUCCUGACCUCUGUCACAGAUAGCUCUUUGUUUGUGAGUUUCAUUGUCUUGGUUGAAAUGAAGAAAGACAUCAGGAAACAGAUUUUAUCUUCUCUUCAGCUGUUGUGUUGCCGGGUUACAGUUUGAUUUCAUUUUUUUCCCUGUAUUAACAGUUUGAGUAUGAACCUCUUUUUUUCCUAAAGGUUUUUUUUCCUCAUUAGUGAAAGCUCCGUCUCACUUAAAGUAAAAAAUAAAACCUAACGAUGCCCAACUUAACAGAUUUUCUUAUUUUCAAUACUCCCCCAUCCAGACUUAAAAACCACCAAUUUCAUAAAAGAUUCAGUGCCUCACAACAAUAUGUAAAUAAUAGCUAACCCAUGCCCUUUUAUCUUUUUGAGAUAAAUAAACAUGCAUAAAUAAAAAUCAUGAAUAAACCUAUACACACAAGAUUAUGCUGGUUCUUACACAUAAUUGCUGAAUUAAAAGUGUACAAUGCAAUAUAUGCAUAAGGCAACACUAUGAUGCAUGAUGUAUACGGAUGUACUACUUUAUUAAACAAAAAGGUGGAAUAUUUUACAUCAACUUUUCUUUUUUUUUAAAAAACAAUGUACUUAAUAACAAGUAUUUAGAGUAAUGUAGGCACAAGUUUUACACCAUAGCUUUGAGGACAUGUUUGCUUAAACAUGUUAUCCUCUUUGUUUGAGGCUCAAAUAGAUUAAAAAAUCCACUCAAACUGUUUUCAUGUGUAAAAAAUGAACAGCAUGUCACAGCUGCUGCCUCGUGACUGUUAUUUCAUCCUCCUGGAUGCUGGCAGACUCUAAACUCAGAAGGAAACUGUUGAUGUAGUGCACAGCUACACUGCAGGCCUCAUUGUACUUUCAUGACUUUUCCCAUGUGGAAAUGUUUGGAUUCCCAGAGUUGCUCACAUGUCAUACAUGCUGUUAAAUGAGUGUGAUUGUGAUAAAUUGGGAUGUUGGACAGGAAUGACACACAGCCAGGAUGGUAAUGAUUCUGUGUGUGUGUGGAGCAAUCUUACACGUCUGGAGAGUAAAUGCACAUAUUUAGGUCUGGAAAAAUACAGGUAUUUAUUCAGGUGGGGGAUCGUUUGCUCUGGUAUAGGCCCCUAUUUGGCCAUCACUCCCUCACUGCACACGAUUAUGGUAAUCUGGGCCAUGAUGUGGUCAAUUGAUCACAUUAACCCUGUUAAACACAGCUAACCUAAAUGCUUCUUGUUUUUCACUGCAGGGACAAAAAUUUUACUGUAUCCAUGUGGGUGCAGUGGCAACCUGCAGCUGGGAAUCAGUGUCCUCAUAAGCAGGGAUUUGGUGGCAGUUGUGUAAAUGAUGUCACUGUGGUCAGAUGUAGAGGGCUGGAUGUUUGGAUGACUGCAGCCCCAAGCUAGUGACAGUGACAGGAGUGCUGUCAGUACUUAAAGCUUUGCCCAGGCCUCUUCAGUACUUGUGAUUUAUUGAUGUGGCCAUGAGUGUGGAUAGGCCUGUUGGUCCACACACACUUUUGUGGUCACUGAGGGGGAUUUUCCCCACAGGGCUUCCACCGCUGUUGCAGUUUUUCAAGUAUGAAAAUGGUUGUGCACAUCUCAUGUGGUUGUUAUGACAAAUAUUAUUCAUCCAUCCUCACCAUCAUCGUUAUUCAUCCAUUGUACUACAUGAAGUGUGCUUGUUUUAAGUGCAUCCAAAAACUCCCGGCGAUACCUCAGCUUUCAGCAAGAAGACUCAGCCACACACGCUUUCUUUCUCUCUUUCUUUCUUUCUUUCUGUCUGGCUCUGCUGCAGACACAAGUGGAAACUAAAAUCAGAAGAAAUUAGAGAAAACAUUUACUCUGAAAUUGCACAGAUGUUCAAUUAAUAAAUAAGAUAAAUUAUUGUGGGAAGAAAAAGAGCUCUUUUCUUUGGUGAUCUCAUGUUGUAGAACUGCAAUGAUAAAUGUUACUUUCAGUGAAAAACUCUUUGUGGAAAGCUUCUUCUUUAAACAUGCUGCUGUGACCAGCAGAAUCUGGUCCAUCACAAACAAAUAUCAGUGUGAAAGCAGCAACAUUUUUUAGUGUUUAAAACUCAAAACAAAAAAAGAAAAUCAAAUCUCAAAAGGGUUAUGUUAAAGAAUCACUAUUUUUCCCACCUUUUUCUGAAAAAUUACUUAAACCCAAAGAGCAUGUAAUUUUUACAAAUAACUCAGUGAGUCAUUUUAGUGGUAGUCACAAUCUUCUACUUUGAAAAGCUGUCCUGGGAUUUCUUCACAGUCAUAUUGAGUAAUCUGGUGAUGUGUUGGUUCUUUUUAAAAUUUCAUAUAUUUGGAUUUGUUUCCAUUUGAUUUCAAAAGUACUUUGCAAAUAAAAAUAAUAAUAAUAAAGCAUCUGUAGUAAAAUCUGGAUGAACAGCCAAAAACACUCAAAGAAUUUUACUGCACUCAUUUUCUCUCCAAGCUCCCAGUGAUUUCUUUGUUCAUUUGUAUAAACAGUGAGAUUGAGUUUUAUCGCACACUCUCAGGAUGUUUGCGGUGUGUAACUACAUACUAUUAUAUGUAAUUAUUGCCAUAACUUACUGUGUUAUCAUUUAGUCAUUAUGUGUUUAUAUACCAGUAAUGGACGCCUCUAGGAGAAGUAGAAAUGCGGUGAUAGAGAUGGUGGUUUGGGUUUGAUGUCGUUUUAUGAUAAUGUAAAGAAUAAUGACAUCAGUUUUCUGAAAUACUGAUCAACCUGCAGCUCUCUGAAUGUCCCUCUGUGUGUGUGUGUGUGUGUGUGUGUGUGUCUCCUCAGGCCUGUCCCUGGUUCUCUGUCCUCACUCCUGCACCUACGAAACAGACAGAGACAGCCUCUGCCUGCCUCCAUGCCUGGAACUCUGCCAGACCCCACCAUGCCUGGCUCGUCUGCCGUGCUGAUGCCUGUGAGUACAACAACGGAGCACACAGAGACUUUGCCCACAUCAUAUUCACACUUGCAGGAGCAGCGACACUCACUCAUAUGCUGUCAACUGAAGUUGCACUCAUGCUAUAUAGGUCUGCAGAUCUGGAUGUUUUCUCGAAGCAUUACUGAGUUGCUGCAGUUUAUAAGCAGGUCAUAUCCUGUAAGAUUGAGGGGGUCUACCUCUGGGCCUCGACACAGACCUCAUUGUAAUUAACAUAUAGAGAUUGAGUUGACUUGCGUUAGGGAGCAGGGAAUGAUAACGACCCCCCCAAAAAUCCUUGUAUCAUGAUUCUAAUGAUACAACAUGUGUCCUCAUUGUAACACAAGACAGCCUGUGUUUAUGGAACUGAAAAAAAAAAACUCCCAUGUUUAUUAAAUUAAGGGCUAAGCGAUUUUGGGGAAGAUUGACAGCUCAGGAAGGGGGUGCAGGUUUGGGUGAUAUUUUUACACAAAACACACUUAGUGCAAUUAAGGCUGUGUGUCAGGUUCUAGGCCUGAGUCUCUGUGGACAGGGGGUGUGAGGGGGGUCAGGCAGAAGGAAGGUGGAGAGGGGAUAUUCCCCUCAGAGACCACCACACACAGCACAGAUUAGCAGCUGGGAGGCCACAGCAGCUCACACACAUAUGCAUGCAGACACACACGAAGGUUUCUUCUUUCCUGCUCGUACAGCGUAGUGAACACUGACCCCUUACUCCUGUCAGCUGACCCAGCUGAUUUCCUCAUAUUCAGGUCUCAGUGGUGACACAAGACCACACUGACCAGGUUCAGAUCAGAAGCAGGCGUUGGCCCAACGCACGCAAGAUCUCAGAUAUUCUACAUUUACACACUAAAACCACACCAUCUCGUGUCUUGUUCCCCUUAUUAACACAUUUUGCACUAAGGGGGCUGGGGUUUGGUGUGUUGGUCUGACCACACUAUCAUCAGAAACACACACACCCCAGUUGCACCAGCUUCCUGUGUUAAGUCCCUUCAUGCUGGCUUCCUGUUUUAGGUCAGCUCCAGUUAUCAUCACACAGAGCUGUGCACAGGGCAGCCUGUCAUGUGAAAUCAGGCUCUCAUGCUCUCUCAUCAUAUCCCCAAUAGCUUACUUCACAGGAAGAUAAGUCUCAUGCUUAAAGUGCUAAUGCGUCUUUUGUCAAACAGUGAUAGCAUCUCAGAAACAGAAAAAAAACUCAAUUUCAGAAAUUACGCUCAUAUAAUUAUUGAAUGUUGCAUCAUGAAAAAGUUUUUGUAAGCAGGGAAAUUAUUUCCACACUUUUGAGUAUGGCUGAUAUGAGGCUGUUAUAUUCUUUAGAUGGAGAGACAGAUGUCCAUGGGCUCCAAUAUGAUGGGUAUGCAGGGACCCACCCACAGCAGCUCCUGCUCUUCCACUCACAUUCCCUCCAUGCACUCAGAAGCCAAACUGGUAAGUGGACGCAUGUAUUCACAUGGAUUCGUACACAUUUCUGGACACAUGUGCACAAGUGCGUACACUCAAGCUCAAAGUGUUGCAACUUUCUUUUCCACUGGGCUGUGCCAGCAAAGCUAUGCUCUGAGGCCUGUGUGGAUUUCAUCAUUUGGGGGUGUAAUCAAAGCUGCGUCUGAACCUGCCAGUGCAGCACUGGAGACUCUGGCUGGAAUAAAGGACCCUUUAUGUGGUUGUGGCUGUGCUGCCCACCGACUGCCUGAUGUAUAUCUUAAUGUACAGAACAUGUUCUGUAGGUCCUGCAACUUGUUAGCGCGAGUUUAACACAGCGGGGGAAAAUCAAAUGACCUCAUCCUUCACAAAGCAAGCAGUUAGAGUAGAGGGAGCGAGACUCAGCUGGGAGGAAAAAAAGAGACAAAAACGACAUGUUUAGAAAAUAAGUAUAAUAAGUUAAAAAAAAUGAGCUGAAGGGAAGAAAUCUCUUAUGUUAUUCAAGUUUUUCAUUGAUGCCAGACUGACAUUAUAGCUUUUAAUAAAGUUACAAAAGCAGCCCUUUAGACACCUGAAUGUAUCCCAAAUUUCCAUACAGACAUAUUAUCAGUAUUUUCAAACACAGCUGUUUGCAAAAUGUAUAGCGAUGAGGUUAUUUCUGGCCAUUAAAUUUCCACUACAUCCUUGCCUAUGAAAUAAUGUAUCACUAGCACUGACAUGUUUACUUUGCACUCUGGUGAGAUGCGAAAAUACUUUUUGCUGUACUGUACUUGUACUGUACAUUGACAAUAAAUUGAAUCUCAUCUCAUCUCUCUCAUGUUAUAUUAACAGCUGUAAUGUAAAAGAAGUGAAACUAAGUAAAUUAUAUUUCAUACCAUUCAUACAGCUGUAAGGACUUACAGCUAGAUGUGGUUUUAGUCAAAUCUGUUAGGAUGCCUAGCCCAUGUUCACACUUUAAAGAAUGGAAGGUCCACACAAAUGAUCACACACAAGCUGUACUGGUUGCAGAUCUGGGUUACAGCUUCAUCACGCCACAAGUGUAACAAAGACUGGUCUGAGACUGUUCAAGUAUAUAUAGUCGUCCACGUUUCCAAACAUUCUGCUUGCAUCUUGUUGACCUAAAGGAGAGUCCAUGUAGGGUAAUAACAAAGCACAACAUGUUUUGAUGUGAUGUUAAACAUGGGUACAAGGUCCUUGUUGAGGAUGGUUGUCGGAGGCCAAUGGCUCCAGAAAUCUAGCACCAAUGUAUCUGAGGUAUUUGAGUGACACAGCUCCACCAACCUCAAGGAUGACAUGACUGGCUUAACAAGAUCACCCUAACACUUUUGAAGAAAGUUAGACAUAUUAACAACAUAUGAAAUGUUGUGUCAUCACAACACGAGACGAAUUGCAACUUAAGCCAGUUGCCACAUAGAAGUAGCCAGUCUUCUCACUGGUGGUGUCUUCAGUGGAUCAAAUUUAGACAUCUUUGUUAAAUUAACUGUAUUUCGUAUCCUGUUAUAAGCUUGGUGCAUUUUCUCAUGUCAAAAGGAUGAACAGUUACAGUCAAGGUGAUAUGAACUGAUAAAUAUUGUAGCAACAAAGCAGCCGGCCAAUCUUUGUUUUCAAAAUAAAUAAUUCUGAAAAUGGAAAAGGCCCCAUAUAAAUGAGUGGUUAUCAAAAAAAUCACAACCCAUAAUGAAAAGCAUUGGCCGCUCUUUGUGUUUUGGAGAGGUUUACUGAUAGCUGAGUUUACUGGACAGAAACAUCUUGUGGAGGGAGAGAGAGGGAGACAGAGGAGGUAGCAGAGGUCAUUAGAAGAGUUAUUGCUCUGAUAGAGGAGAGCGGGAGCAUUCCCAGGGCAUUUAAUUCUCCCUCUUCCUCCUGCUCUCUCAAGAUUGAUCGUCUUUGUAGUCUUUUGAAUCUCCUCAACUGUUCCUAUGGUAACACGCUGGGGUAACACAAUAUUAGUGUAUUAGGCUUAUCUCUCCUCUGGCCGUCAUCCAGACACAUCUUACUCUUUUUUCUCUCUCCUCCUUUCAAUGUAAUUGAAUUGUAAAUGCUCUGUUAGGUCUCACGUAAACAUACCCACUCACUAAACAGCCACAGGCCUCUCUCCCCUGCAACUUUCUGGUUAGUUGGCCAUUUGCACAUGAGGCACGGCAACCAAAUGUGGAUCAAUUGAGAUUCUGAUCCCUGAUGUCUGAACGCAACUGAUGGAAUUCCGUGAUUGUGGACAGAAAGUGAGAGACUAAUUGUGUUAUCAGGGUGCGAUCUCCAGUGAGGGUUUCAUAAGCAUAGACGUCGUCUCUAAUGUCUCUAAUAUCCGCGCCUGGGCCAAGUCGAUAAAUACGGCCAUGCUAUCGGAUAACUGGGCCAUGAUCAGGCCCAUGUGUCCCCUGCGACGUUCUCAAUCCGGCUCUAAUCGCAUUACUCUGACCAUGUUGACUUUCCGCCAAUGGGAAAUCUCCGUACUGUAACCCCACACCCCUGAGGCACGGACCUGGACGCUCAGCGUUUACAUUGUGAGAGCGUAGGAGGGGAUUGAGUAGGACUUUGAUAGACAUGAAGGAAAUAGAUAGACAGGCGGAGUGAGCAGGGGAGCUGAAAGGCCUGAGAUGGUAUUGAUAAUCUGAGACACCAAACACAAAACAAGUGAGAAAUUAGACAAAUUCUUUGUGAGUGCCAUAAAAGGACUUCUGCUCAGCCUACUUCCCUUUGCUCCACUGUAUGUGUAUGCAUGCAUGUACGCCCAUAUGUGUGUGUUAUUGUUUGAUAUUGUUUGGUAACUGGAGGCCUCGCUCGCAGGGUUAACCCUCCCCUGCCGGAGAGAGCAUGCUCAGAGACGAGGCUAAUGAAGGCUAAUUGAUUUUGUGGUGGGCCAGAGCAGCAGGGCGGCCUGUCUCUGGUGUAAAUAGUUAAUGAGCCGGAGGACUGCUGUGGCCCCUUGGGGACUCGUAUCUUGCUCUAACCUCUCUGUUUGUGCUCUUUGGGCCAAAGACUCUAUCUGCAUCAGCGCCCAUCUUUGUUCUCCUCUAUCUCUGAUUUUCUCCUUAAGUGCCGUCAUUUAAGUGGUGCAGCAAAGCCCGAUGGUGUAGUUACUGGCUUGUGUGUUUUCCUCCUUAUUGCUUUCAGCUUGUUGUCUGGGAGGGUUUGUGCUGAGAUUGGAGUGUUUUAUGAGUUUUGGUUCGAGUGUUUUUUCUUCAUGUGAAGGACUGGGUGCUCGUGGUGCCGGGUGUGGUUGUGUUCUUCUCUGUUGUGGUCUGGGGAAUAGAAUGGUGCGUGUUGUGCGCUGGAGGUUGUGGGAUAGUUGACCCUCACAGCGUAGAGGAAACAGUGCAGAGAGGAGGCCAAGUUCCACAGCACGCCGGCCAAAGCAUUACAUCAACGCUCAGAGCCAGUUCUCCACAGGGCCUCGCGAACAGUCGCACACACACAAACACUCACACACACACAAGGACAAAUGCACAGACCGCUGCAGCUCUGUGUCGUCCUCCUCACACAAAGUUACACAGACAAUCAAAACAAAUGCAGACAGUCAGGUAAUGAAAAACAACAGACUGAAUGAUUGACAUGUACGAGCAUGCUCAGAACACAGAUAUACUGCACAUAAGAGUCCAAAAGUAUUAAAACAUUAUAGUCCAGAGAGUAAAAAAUGUUCUCAAGUAUAAGUUCAUGCAUUUGUGUAAUAACUUUUAACGGUAAGGGGAUCUGUAAAUUGCACAGGUAAGCAUGAUGACAAUACCAAUGCAGAUGCAACCAGCACUGUUAGGCCACAGCACUAAGAUGACCCGACACUUCCCACAGAAAACUCCACACUCCGUGACAAGCCAUGAUGUUGGAUCAGGUAGUUUCGUUCAGCUAUGUUAUAAAACUUUCAACUCCGUCACACUUAACUCCAAGACGUUUUUAAACAGUCAAAGCUGAAACUCUUCAGUCACAGCUGCUCUGGAGUUUUUAUGAAAAACAACAGAAAAGCUUUGUACACUUAGCUGAAGGAAGUGGAAGGUAAACAUGGCUGAAGGAUCCUCAAAAAGAAUGUUACCAUUUAGUGGGUCGGCGAGACCCUGCGUGCUCUGCAAGUGUGCUUGCUUUGGGUAACUUUGCAUACAAUGGUCUUUUUUUAAAGCAGAUGCAGAGGUCCAGUAGUGCUAACCUUAACCCCUAUCAACAUAAAUCCUGAAUCUGUUUCAAUAUCGUACUUUUCCCAAACUGCUUAUGGACCCAGUUGUAGUGAUUAAAUGGCUGUUAAAUGUCUUAGCCCUCCUGUAGCCGCUAACACAACAUCAGCUUCUACUCCGCUCCAGCUGCAGACUUGAUUUCUUUCUUUUGCUUCGUUCCCUGAAGAUUUACUAUGAGCUAUCGAGCAACCUUUUUUUUCUACUCUGUAGUGGAAGCAACUUCAAAUGAAGCAAAACAAAACUUAAAAACAUAACAUUCAAGGCUUAAACCUCCUCCCCAAGUCAACAACACCAGAUCCCACAUGGAUGGGUGGUUAUAAUCUUGCACUUGAUCUCUUAGUUUUUAGAGUCCCCUCCUCACAGCCUGUGCACUGUUAUUGGUUGGGGGCUGCACAUCAUCUACACAAAGGCUAACGCCCAGAGACGUCAAGGACACAGUAAGAAAGCAAAGAACAGGCAGAGGGGAGGGUCUCUUUAGAUACAGACACUCCGAACUCUUCUGGUUAGUCAACAUGAUGAUUGAGAGAGAUCGUUUGUAGUAGAAUGUAAAAGUAAAAAGCUGAUUAUGUUGUUUUUUUUUCAUACUAAAAAAGGAGAAGUUACCAUCUCCUCAGAAAACCUUCCUCUCCAGCUCUGAUGGUUUGAUACCUUUGUGUGAUGAAAGUUCUUCACUAUCAUUUCUCAUCUGUAACAACAGUAACAAGCCCAGACAAGCCCUUAUCAACCAGGUUUGAAACAAGGCCUGCAAUUGCCAACUUCAGGGCAUGCUGCAGCUCAUGUCAGUGAGACCCUUUUUAAAGUGGUGAAAUUCUGCAUAGUUUUUAAAUCCCCUUUUAAAUCAGCUCCAUGCUCUCCACACAUCCUGCUGGCCUGCUAAUUUCAGACAGAGGGGCUGGUGUAUGAAAAUGUGCUAUUUAUUAUCUUCCAAUUAUCUAUUGUUUACAUUGUUACUAAGGACAAUAAAUGUGUCACUAAGCAUCAGGCUAGGUGCUGAGUCUUUUAUGAGGUAAACAAUACUAUAUGUUCCUUCGCUGCAGCCCUCUUGGCUGUGGAGCUGGCACUAGACGGGUGGAUGACAUAAUUCCUGGCAUGCUCUAAAUGUACUCCUUUUUACUUGAGGAGGGAAAAAAACAGCGCGCCUCUUAAAGAAACAUUUCAUAGGACACAGGAGAACCAAUAAUCAAAGUGUUACUGCAGCUUUUUUACAUUUCAUUUACACAACCCUGACUCCUCAUUCGCUUCAGUGUAGUUACAGGAAUGCAAAAGGCAUUGCAAUGAUGAGCCUUAAAGAUCGGGUUUUGCUCUAAAUAGCCAUAAUGGUGGGAAAAAAGAGAAAGUUAAAUUUCUGUUCAGUAAUUCAAAGAAAAGAAAACUUGCGGAGCAGCCGUACAUGUGUCAGUUUUUAGAUCUGCUACAUGGUGAUUGAUGGAGCGAUUACUUCAGUAUGAAGUCAUUUGUAAGCAGUUUAAACCAUUAGCUUACAUAGUAACACAUUACGUGUUCCAUUCAUUUGCCUUCAGUGCAGCAGACGAGCACCUCUCUCUCUAGUCUAAACCUCUUGUUGUGAGGAGGAGCAGCAGCAGCAGCAGCACACAAUAGGAGUCUAACUGCAGGUUUUGUAAGCAACAUCUGUAUGAAUGGUGGCAUUGUCAGGGUAUGAUGUCAUAGGAGACGGACGGUGAGCUAAGAGCACAGCUGAAUCUGCGGGCUGUUUCAAUGCAGCUUCAGAAUAUGUGCAUAUGGACGGUGUAUGCUGCUCUUGAUUGCUCCCUUUCAGUGCAUUGGCAAACUCCCUGGUAAUCACUGUCCUCGGAGUCAAAACACAUCUGCAGACUUAAAACAAACCGUGGAGGGCGAGUUUGCAUAAAGUAUUUGAUACAGAUCUGUUAUGUACAUAAAGCACGUGUGGUCGGGCAAGUAAACAUGUGGAUGUGUGAUAUUCAGCAGUCACACAAGGACACAUGACACAUGACAAGAUGCGCUCAGUUACAGAGUUUCAUGAAAUGUCAGAGUUUGUCAGUGUCUCGGAUGCAAAGAGAGUUUUGCAGAUGAUAACCACAUGGGGUUCCUCACUAUCACCGUGGAGACGAGUCAUUGCUGCAGGAGUUACAAGCUGCUGGAUCAGUGUUUGUCUGCUAGUUUAUCAGUGCUGGAAAAAACUACACAGGGGCCCCUGUUUCACUGUUAAGCCAAAAAGAGUGAUUUGUCCAAACCACAGAGACAUUAAGUACACAACUAAAGGCUGUCAAGGGGAGAUGGACACAACUGAUCUGCCUCUUGUUGACUGCCUUUUUGGACUGUUUAUCAGAGAGUCAUCCUAUAGUCAGAGUGACAUGUUUUAUUAUGAUUCAUUCUCAAAAGAUUUUAUCAAUUCUUAAUUCACGGUUUAAUGCAAAGAUAGAUUUUUUUUCUUUUUGCUUUCAGUUAAUUAAAUGUUUGUUUCUUUGAUUUCACAAAGAAAAGUGCAAGAAAUAGCUAUUAGUCAGUCUGUGUAAUAAUAUUAGAUAUAUACCAGACUGUCCUGGUUGUGUUCAUAAUGCAUAUAGUUAUGUAUAAUUACUAUAUGACUCUUAUAAAGUCAUAAAAAAAAAUCUGUAAACGGCGUUUCCUACACCAUAGCAUAUUUACUAUAACUGUAUAGAGCCAUCAAACAGUACAAUCUGUGGAUCAGAAGGAACUAGAAAUACACGGAUGUUAGUUUACAUGAAAUUAACAUUUAGUAAUUGAAUGAAUUAAGUGCAUCAAACUGUUGUUUUUUGAAUUGCUGAAGUAAAAAAAAAUUAAUGCUAUUCAUCACAUAUUCAUCAUAACUACAUUAUUUAGCAUUUUGAAACAGUUUUUAAUUCUGUAUUGGAAAAGCGUCUUUACUUAGGAACCACAUUGAUUUAGUUAAUUGCUUCAUAAUCUCGACUUUUAGAUUUUUUAUUCGAAACAGUGCUUCACAGAAACACCAGUGUGGUCUAAAACCGUGACUCAAUGCCAGACAACGGUGUCAAAGUGUUUCAUCCGCAGGUCUGUGAUGAUUCACACCCUUCAAAUGAGAGCCAGCUUCUGUGAUGUGGUUGCCCACUGGCAUCAGCCAUAUUAACUACUCUUCUAUGCUUAGUCAUUUGUAGCUCAACGUGCUUUUGUAAUAUUUUAAUUCUUUUGAACACAAAGUGGAUUUACCUUUAACUUGUCAACUGUGCUAUAACUGGAAGCUGCUAUUUGGAAGUGCAGUGAUGUCGUAAUUUUGCAUCACAGAGAGAAGCAGGAGGACGCUGCCGCAGCUAAACUACAGUGUGCAGAGUGGGACAAAAUAGAACAAUAUAAACAAGCUAACAUACUUGUUUAUACCUUAAGUGCACUUCAAUUAAUGCCAACAGCCACAGUUGUGAUAAAACCUAAGUAGUAUGUGUCACUUGAUUCUGCCAUUUGAAUUAUAAGAAAAGGAGAAUAAACUUUUCCAGCUGAAAGAGGAGAGCUACAUCUUUGAGGACUGUAUACUGUUUGAGUGGUUAAAAGUAUAUGUGUGUGUGUGUGUGUGUGUGUGUGUGUGUGUGUGUGUGUGUGUGUGUGUGUGUGUGUGUGUGUGUGUGUGUGUGUGUGUGUGUGUGUGUGGGGGGGGGGGGUGUUACACGCAUAUUUAUGUCUAACCCUGUGCAUUUGUGCUUAACAAUGUGUGGGUGGGGUUAUAGAUGAGGGCAACAGUUGUGGCGCAGAGUGUCGCAUCUGUUUGUCUUUGGAUGACUGCGUGUUGUUUUAGCUGUGCUGAUGGGACGUGUAUGUGAAGGCCAUUUGGUCAUGGUUCAGGGCCUGUCAAUGGGACAGGGCUCCAGUCCAGCCAAGCUUGGGUAAACCAGCUGCCAUCACCACAUGGGCCAGACUGGACUGGUCCAGCCACCAUGAGCCCCCCUGGAGCCUCAGCAGCGACCGAGAUACUCUUUGGACACCAAAAUAACCCCUCAAACACUGGAGGGCUAGUUGGAAAAGUCUGUCGGCUCAGAGAUUUUUAGUUUGAUAAAGUGGAGCCAAUGUUUAUCAGCAAGGUCACUUUGGACGCUCUCAAACCAGACCAUUUAGUUCCCUUUUGUUAAUUACUUCUCAGAAUUGUCAAUGUUUGACAUUAUAAGGACCCUGUUACUGUCAAAACAUAGUAAGUGAUUGAAACUGAAGUUAAGGGUCCUAUUUUAGCCAAAAUUGACCAACAUCCUUGGAAUUUCAUUUGACUGAAGUCAUCACAUUUCAGUAUCUUUGACCAAUAAGAUCUGACAUAAACUGCCUGGUUCUUCUGAGGCCACAAAUAAAGACAUUUGUUUAGGGUAAUUGUUGUAUUCAUGAUCUGUCUGGGUCUCUCACUCACACGCAUUGUCUGUGUUUAAGAUUGUGGCAGUGGUGUGUGUAGAGAUAACCAUGUGGGCUGCACCAGAGCAGGGCUUUACAAUAGAAGGAACAGUGGGGAUAUACAGACUGCAGUCAGAGGCCCAUCCAUUAACUUGACAGGGUGGAGAAGCUGCCAAGAGUAUGAGCGCAUGCUUUUGGAGCACGCUCCUCGGUGGGUGUGUGUCUCGCUGCACCCACACCACCACGGUUCCUCCAAAACACCACCAAAGUGUUGAGUCCUGGCAGCACAAACGGUCUAUGUGCAUCUCAUGUCUGCGUCUGGAACCACAGGGAGGCUCUCUUCAGCCCAGCUCUGAUCGGCUUGGCCCAGAACUUUGAGAGAGAGACGAGAGAGGGGGCGACAUUAGAGCCCAGAGCUCCCAUCAGACUGUCUGCUUCGGCGUUCCCUGAGGAAAUCAGUUUAACAGUCCCUAGCUCUUGGCAAGUAGAGGGUGAGGGGGUGGAGGAAGAGGGGAGAAGUGUAUGUGCGAGAGGGAAAGGGAGAGAGAGAGAGAGAGAGAAGGGGGGAUGUUACUGCCUCUCUGGGCGAGAGGGAAAUCUAAUAAAAUUGGACUAAUGGGGGUGUGGAGUUUUAGGGCACAGAGUGGAUUUUGCAGACAGGCACUGGUGGGUAGUGGUGGUGGUGGUGGAGAUGGGGAGGAUGGAAUUAGAUCCACUGAGUGCUUGGCAACAGCAGAACCAAACCCAGGCUUUCAGCUAAAGACGGUGAACCCAUGUUGAGUUUAAAGUGUGAGCCGAGGGGGCUAAACCCACAAAAACACAGCCAGGAAAAUCACGGCUAUAAAAUACUAUAUAUUUUUUAUUAUACUAUUUUCGAAGAGACCAAAUUCAAUAUUAAACAUACAUGUUAGCCUUUGCAAUUCUUCUAGUGUCCGCAUGAGGCUGGCUGGAAAAUCCAAAGAAUCCCCAACAGGGUGCUGUGUUAAAAUGCCCAUUUUUAUAGGAUGAGUUCAUAUUUUCAUAACAUCUCUGUGGAAACCAGUGAGUUACGUCACUACAUCCAUGUUUUAUGCUAUGGUAUCAGCCAAUCCUCCAUGUAUCCCAUCUAUCUAUUAUACCAAAAUAAAGGGCAAAACAGCCAAAAAACACAAAAACAGAGUGCAAGUUUGAGCUACCAUCCAACGGCAGGUCUGAAAUACUCAGACAGGAAAAGCGUUGAGUAUAAAGCAAUAUGACUGCAAAAGCAAUUAGAAGUACACUGUCGGUGCACUGUGAACAAAAAGGCUGAUCUGAAGCGUUAAAGUUUAUCUGUCUGCUCUUUUAUGUGAAGCAGAGGGUGUCCUCUAAAAACUGUGAUCUUUUUGCACUUAAACUCUGACUCCAUAGACUGGUUUCAUCUGUCUAACCUGCAGUGAGGCGCCACAGGGCCACAGGUCUCCUGAUAGCACACUGUUCCACUUUUAAGGGGAAUAAAAGUGCUCACCCUGACCUCAACGGGUUUGAUUUACCCAUCCUGAGGCGGGCGUGGUCUUUCUCCUUUUGUACCUGCUCCGUGCUCCUACUUCCUCCUCCCAGGGUUAAUAGAUAUGAAGUCAUCUGGCGAGGAGAAACCUGAGUGUGUUCUCAGGAUGUGCCCAGAGCACUCACAGGGACAUCACUCAGACCCUUGCUUGUGUCAGGGAGGAAGUAGCCAUUAAUAAAUAUCAUUAAUGGGUGAUCACCUUGUGUCCCUUAAACCACAUAAAUGAGAGAAGCUUAAAAGAAAGGAGUGGCGGGGGAGAGGUCAAAGGGCAAAGGUCUGAGAGGAGAUAGCUUGCCUUCAGGCAAAAGAUGGCUGAAUCAGGAGAGGUGUUUGAACAAUGGAAAAUCAAUAGGCUCACUACUUUAAAGUACACUCACAGAAUGCAUGAAAUGCUGUAUCAAACGCGUGUGAUGACUUAUUUAUAAGCUGCUUAUUUGUAGAUUUAUCCUGAUAGACCCUGUCAUGAAUUUAGGGUCACAUGUACCAAUCAUCCUCUAAAUAUGUCUGCCAUUUUCUCCUGUUCCUACCAACAGCUGAGCACACAGUGCUAGGACAGACAGUGUGCCAUCCCAUCCACAACCACAGGCUAACACCUGUGUGGGUUUAAUGACUGUUUUCUGCAGCGGCCAUGUUGCUACAAAAAAAAAUCUAUAUGUAUGUGUGUGUGUCAUUAGAGGAAAGUGCACGUAGUGGUUAAGUUCUUGUGCUUAGCACAGUCUGGGGAAAUACAACCAUGUGUUAAAGAGUCAUUAGGGAGCUGAUGAAGGUGUUUAAGAAUCACAGCCUGCUCAUCAUCGCUCUGCUAACGUCCCAUAGUUGCGUCACUGUGGUUCUGGAUACAAAGACUUAAGAUUUGGCUGAGCAGGGUUUAACUUAGAUGGAGAGUCAGCUCCAGAUGGGGCAGCAGCAGGCACUUGUACAUAGACUCAGGAAAAAGUUUAUCUCACGGUAAGACAUUUCUGUUCGAAACUAUUUGAUCCAUGGCUUUUUCUUUCAAUUCUGCUCUUUGGUUUGAAGUACUUCUUCAAAUUGUUGGCUCGUUUUGUCGACCUGUCUCGCUGCAUAGUAUUUCUCAUGUUUCAUAUUUCUUGCUACAGUCCCCUGGAUGUGUUUUAAUGUGGAGGGGUUUGGUUCCAACAUGACGUCUUGGUCAAACACUGUAAAUUCUACCUUGCGUUACAUGUUGUCGGGUGAAUCUGGUGUGAUCAUCACUGUUUGUGUGAUAUAAGUCCUCUUAUCAUGCACGGUCCUUCUCUUCUGUUUUUACUUUAUCUUGUUUACAGUCCUCACCCCUAAAGCUCUCGGAGUGGCCCCUCAUCUCUUUGACCUGCCUCUGUACUCUGACACUCCUGGGCCUCUUCUGAUGCAGACUAAUUCAAUUAAUAAACAGAUAGCACUGCACCGCCAGCUGGAAAGCUCUCAGAGACACUGAUAAAUGAGCGCUUGCUGUCUUGGGCUGACGGCGUGUAGGGAGGAGGCACAAGAACCCAUCUAAUCCCCUCUACCCCACCCCUGGUUGCUCUCCCUCUCUCUCUCCCUCUCUUUCUCUCUCUUUCAUCGUGUCCCCUUUGCCUCCCUUUUACCCUCUCUGUCCUUCUCUCCUGGCGCCUGCUUGGCAGCAGCUCAGGCAGCCCCAGAUGAGCAUCUUAACCCGUACACAGACAUCUUUACUAGGGCCCUAAAACACACAGCCCAGAGAGAUAGACAGGCAGCCAGAAGAUUCCUCUGGCUUCUCUCCAUUCAGGUGAUUGCUGGCUUUGCAGCUAAGUGGCAGGAGAUUGUCAAACCCUGAUUGGUUUCCUCUUUUACAAGAGAGGUGGGCCUCACCUCGGAGGUGCUGAGUGACAGGCUGAAGGCUGAAGGGAAGGUGUUUAGUCAGGGCUGUCAGCUGCAGAAUUCAUCCUGUGAUACACGGAAGACGUCCUUGUCAACAUCGGUGACUAUGAUUGAUAUCUGUAAGCUUGUCUAGAUACGUUCUCUGUUUUAGGGGCAUGCCAGCCGGUCAUUUGAUAUGUCUCUAUUGUUUAUCUCAUAUAGAGGUUGCUAUACAGUUUAAAGAAAAAAAUACAAAGUUUUGAUGCUGAUAGUAACAAUAUGUUACACGUAGAGCCUCUCACUGCCAUGUGUUAUCCUGAGUGAGUCUUGGUGUCACUGUGAUGCUGUGGACAGCUGCAGGCCUGUUGGUGUGUUUGUGCAGACUCUCUGAUAUUUUAACCCUUUUUAUACUGGUCACAAAGAUGAAACUGGUGGCGCCUGAAACUUCUGCUGCUGAACACAUAAAAAAUACCGCUGAGGAUGUGAGGAGGGCGGUUAGGAGCAGGGUUAAUGCAAGACCAGAUAGAGAUAAACAUUCAGAGAACAGAUGUAAAGAAACAUUUAUAAUGAGGGUAAGCAGAAAAAGAAGUAAAAUCAUAAUACUGUACAUACUAUGUUUUUGUUUCACUAUGUCAGGCAUCCCUUGGUUUGACAAGCAGAAACUGCACUCAGCCAAAACAGGCUUAGCAAGGUCGUAAUUUCUCUGCGCUGGUUUCAUGUGCACUUCUCUUUAUCACAUGCACUGUGAAUGGAGAAGAACAGACUUCACAUGAAUACUGUAACAAAUACAUAUUUGUAACUUGCUCAUAUAAUACGAACUGGAGGGAUAAAGUCUAUUCUAGCAAAGAUGGUUUAUUCAACAGGGUCUUCUCGUCGCUGCUAAAAAGCUUUCCACUCGUGUACAAUAGAAGAGAGGAGCCAAGUGCCGGUGCUGUGCUCUGGUUGCAUCGUAGCGUAGUGAUCCAGACCAGCUGGAUGCCAUUCCCUAUGGGAAUCAUGAAUGUGAAGGUUGUUAAAAGAUAUGGAGCCCUGGAUGCAGCGUGGACUCGCUGACAGCAGCUGGGAGAAGGGGGAAGGGAGCAGAGAGAGGAAAAAGAGCGCUGGGAAAAGAAUAGAAACUUUGUGGAAUUCAUAACAGGGGUCCUGAAAUGAAUGCUUUUGUUUUCAGUGUUGUUUCUUACUGUUUGCUCAGAGUCACCAGUUAAGGAUCUGUAGAAGGGAUUGAACUGAGCGCGAGUAUUUAAUGAAGUCUAUUCAAGUGUUUUGCAUCAGCACUUUGCUGAAAAGUAUGUAUUUAAAUCAAAGCUCAGCAGACUCAACACUCUCUCAACAUGUUAUUCAUAAAGCGGUUAAAAGUUAAUGAUUCAUGAAAAAGCUCAGACAUGAUUUUCUUUAUUUUGUCUGGGUUUGUGUACAACAGGUGAAGCCCUGAGGACAUGUUUUGGCACUUGUAUAUUUGGGUUAGAAUUUUUUGGGGUCUUGUGGUUGUCUUUAAGCUUUGCCAAGGAAAACACUCACUUGAGGAGAGGUGCAUUCAGUAAACACGAGGAAAACAAGCACACCUUCAGAGAGUCCCUCUCUGGUCUCCCUCCGAAGCUGUGCACAGACACCGGCUUAGUCAGAGCUAAGUAGACCACAUGGUUAAAGCAACAAACCUGCAGGAAAAGAGCAGUCUGAGUCUCGCAAACAUAUGCAGAGAGAGGCUAUUAGGAAUAUGAAGAGGAGGGACUGGUGGGAUGGCAAUCAAGGAAGGUAAAGCAGGAGAAUGACAAGACUGAAGGAGAGACAGAGGACAGGCUAAGUGGCUUUGAUUUGUUCUCCUGACAUCUGGAUUUAUGGAGCCAUUUAUCAUCUGCCGGUCGGCACAUGAGUCGCCCUGUAACUGUUGAUAAUCAGCUCACUAAGAGAUGAAAUCGUGGACAUCUUUUCCUCGAAAUAUUCAGAUGUAGUAAUCCUAAACAUUGUCUUUUCUGUGUGUUUCCCAGAGGCUGAAGGCUGCACUUUCACACCACCCGGGCUCCAUUGCCAACGGCAACAUGAACUCCAUGGGCCACAUGAUGGAGAUGAUGACAUCACGGCAGGAGCAAAGCACUCACCAUCACAUGCACUCACACCCGCACCAGCACCUGCAAGCACCUCCCCACGCGUAUCAGCACCACGGCGGCCAUCACCACCACGGCCAGGCGCACAGCCAGGGCGGACACCAUCACCCGCAGGGACACAACCCCCAUCACAACUCCCACAAUCCCCACCUCCAUCCCGGGCAUCCACACCAGACCUCACCGCACCACCCAAUGCACUCUUCCUCACAUGUAAGCCGGGGAUAUUCUCUGGAGAAAUGAAGCUUUUAGACAGCUCACAGACAGAGCCACAGGUUCAAUAACACAUUAACCACACUGCACAUUAAAACCUCUCAAAAGCUAGACUAUAUAGGUACCGUGACUAAAACAGGGCAUCAUUUUAGUAGCCCUGUGAGCAGUUUUCAAGCCAGCUAUUAGUGGUUUAGUGCAGAAGUAAAGCUGAAAUGAUGCUUCAAACUCAUAGUAAGUCAACGGACAAAGACAUUUUUCCCCUGCAGCAGCCAUAAUGCCAAGUAGUUUCCUGGCAGGCAUCUCAAAGGUAAUUUUUCCCUUUGAGGAUUGGUCAGCUUCAGGUUGGAUGCCUGCCAUGGAGGGAAAGGGUCACAAAGAGGCCAUAAAGUGGCCAUUUAUAAAAGAUUCUCUGGACUGUCCUUUAAAAAUUAUUCUCCACAACAUCCUUCACCGCCAAACUGCCAUUAUGUGGUCCCAACAUACAGAGGAAGUUUUAUAAAUACUCAUGAUGAAGAGACAGCCUUGGCUGAAAGUCCUGGAACAUUUUAGCUAUGAAUAUAUUUGGUUUAAUUCCAAUAGAAAGUUUGAAAAUAACACAAUGUGAGACACUUUGUCCUUGCAUUGUCUGAUGCUCUCUGCAAUCACAGGCAUUUUGGUGGAAGGACAUCUAGAAAUCCAAUUCAGCCUAUGUUCAAAAUGUGUCAUUAAAGCUUUAAAACAAAACUCUCUGUAUGCAUGGCGGCCAUUAGAGCAGAUUGUAUUUUCCAUGGCUCUCAUAAAAAUGGUAAUAAUCUGAAGACUGAAAAGCCUUUGCUUUGCCAAGAAUAUGUCAAGAUCUGUCAGAGAAAGUACGGUUAUAGAAACGAGUCUUUUGACUGUGUCUGGUGGUGUUAGUCUGAGUGGAAGUGGGCGGUGGAAAACUGCCUCCUGACACCUCUUUAACAAGGUGGGCAGGCUGGUGAAUCAGCCCAGUCACUCACUCACUCUGUCGCUGCUGACGCCCACGGUCCAGCUCAUGGAGCACGUGGCACAAGCAGAUGUUGUUUUUGGGGAAUUUGCCAGACGUGGAAAAGCUGCAGGAGGUUUGAAUGUAUAGAUGCUUGUUUUGCGGGUGCUGUGACAGCAGACAGGUGGCUGGUGGUAUUACAGGUGUGAUAGGCCAACCACAGGUUUGGUUUGAUGACCCUCAUCAGAGAGAUCAAUGAUGCUUAUAACUCUCUUGUCAUCUUUCAGAUGUCGCCUGCAACCCAGCAGAUGCAGCCCACGCAGACGAUGCAGUCUCCGCCUCCCAGUGGCGGGCGUCGCAGGCGAGUAGUGGACGAGGAUCCAGAUGAACGUCGACGGAAGUUCCUUGAAAGGAACAGAGCAGCAGCAACAAGAUGCAGACAGAAAAGGAAAGUUUGGGUGAUGUCUUUAGAGAAGAAAGCAGAAGAGCUCACUCAGACCAACAUGCAGCUUCAGGUACAAAGUGAACAUUCUGCAAAAAGCCUCGAAACUGAAAAAUCUAUCUAUCUAAGAAUUUUUUUUGACUUAGUAAAUAUUAAUUCCUCACAGUUAAAUAGAUAGGCAUCUUUGACAAGGUCCUUUCUACCUAGAAAAGGUCCUCAGCCUGCAAACCUUUCAUUCAAGGAAAAUUAGCUUUUCUGGGGAACUAUCGUGAAUAUCGAGAAACUGUUAUGGCUACAGAAGUGUAAUUGUAGUAAUGUUUGAAGUCGAUGUCUUAAUCCAUAACACAAAUUAUAUUAAUAUUAUCAUGUUGCACCAUGAGUAAAUUUACUAAAUCAAAGUCCUGAAAUAAUCUUCCCCUGUUGCAGAAUGAAGUGACGAUGCUAAAGAACGAGGUGACCCAACUCAAACAGCUUCUCCUCACACACAAGGAUUGUCCCAUCACCACUAUGCAGAAAGAGUCGCAGGGUUACCUCAGUGAGUAGUUCAGACAAAUGCAUGCAUGCACAAACACACACACACACACGGAUACACACACGCACGCACACCUCCUGUGUGCCUAAGCCCUGAAAUGCAGAACCACUGUGAAAAAAUGGCCAUUUAUUGUCUUGCUGGAGGAAAAGGAUUAAGCCCUAAAAGACUAAAGACUGAGCGAACUGCCAAGACUCUUUGAGUGUUGGUAUCCAGCUCCCACGCUUGCUGCAGGACUCUCCCUUUUGCAUGAGGGUGGUGCACACCCUGGUAGCCCACCGGGACUGGAAGUUGGUAGUCGGCGUCUCACAUGAGGCCUGUUUUUCCGUCCAACAGCAGCUCUGAGCUCAGACGCAGCCGAGACCGGACGUGGGAGAGACGUCACGUGCUGCACGCUGGCAUCCAAACUCAGAAAAGAUUCUCGAGAAUCUCACUGAUUACUUCACGGUGCCUUCAGCUUCACUGCCCAUGACAUCAGAGCCCCGCCCUUUGAUACGGAUACAAGUGACAUUUCCACGUAAUUAGGAUCAGGCACCUCCCUGUGUGGGUUCAGCACAGGAAAAUAAGGCUCACAUCCCUCCUGGCUGAAUGGUUCCUUUAUGCUGAGACCAGUCGACUCCCAGACUGGGCUGGGCGAGACCUUCAUCGAUGAGUCUAGUUUGUGCACCGAUGUCACCUUCAAUGUGUCCAGCAGUCGCCCAGAAUGUUUAUGGAGUUGGUUGACUCGCUUUUUCAUUUUUGUGUCAUCCAAUAUGUCUUACUUUUGGAUAGGAGGUGACACUCGAUAUGUGAAUUUACUGUUUCAUGUGUUUGAAAUUUAUCUGCUAAUAAAGCUACUUUUAUAACAUCAGUAAGAUAUGGGACUUGCGUUAAUUUGUUUAUAAUUUAUUCAACACUAAUUCAUCACACCUGAAUUUACCGUCCGUGAAUAAAGUUUGAAUGUCAUGGUAUUUACACGCUCAUGUCAGCCGUCCUCAUAGCUGUCUGCUGUCUCCUCAGGUCCAGAGAGCAGUCCAGCAGGAAGUCCAGCUCCAGCAUGCUCUCAGCAGCAGGUCAUUCAGCACAACACCAUCACCACCUCCACCACAACUGUAGGGGGCAGCAGCGUGCAUGGGCAAGCCAACCACCGCACAGACAUUAACCCCAUCCACUAGGGACUGGAGAGACUGCAACCCCCAGCUGUAGCCCCAAAUAACUUCUACCCUGCCCCCUCUAUCAAGCAAAACCUCAAAGGCCUGUGUGGCUGCUCUUUAUAAAGUAGCUACAUUGUGUAUUUUUAUAGACCAACCCUAUUCAUGCAUAAAUGUUGUAUGGUUUGUUGCCUCUUUUUCAUCUAUUUUUAUUUGUGCUCCUUGUGAACAGGGGAGUUUUGCUAAUCUUUUGCAGAUUUUUUUUGUUUUUGUUUUUUUUUUUUUUGUUUAAUGGUACGAAAUGAAACCAGAGGAAAAGUCAAAACUCUUGGACUGUCAUCUCUACAAACAGACCAUGCAUCUCUUUAUGCCUAAUGGACUGAGUCGAAUCAUUCCCUGAUUAACACAUGUGGACAUGAGUGUGUGCGCAACAGACUUGGAAUAAGUGAGCAGAUGUGAAUCAUUUUAGUUUGUGGUCUAAAGCCAGGUCAAAGUGUCGCUGUGAUGCCUUGAGACAGAAAUAUGCAAGAAGGCGUAAUGAUCCUUUACUUCCCUAGAAAUGACUGUUAACGCUUUCCCUGUCAGCGAUGUUCUCUAAGAGUAUCAUCGAGUACAACAUGACAGCGAAAGCAUGAUCAAAUGGCAGCAAUACAUCAUAGUAUUGAUCAUCGUCAAUACAUCACAGUAUUGAUCAUCUUCUCUGCUGUGUGUUCACGUUUUGAUUAGCAUGGCGAAGCCACUCGGGUCCCGAGGACAUGAGAUGCUGUUACAGCUACAGGAGUGUACACUGUGAUAAUAGUGAGGCAGCUUGGGGGGUUGAAACAUACUCCUCCGCUCACCAGGACCAACUGAAGCUUUAAUUAUUGAGGCCUCUUUUUGUGUGUUUGUGCAUCUGAAUCCAACUUAGGAUUCAAAACCUGUAUGAGUAUAACCUGCAGAUAAGUGCGUCUGAAUUAUUUUUAAGUGUGCAUGUGAAUUGUAUAUUUUAUUGUUUGAUUUUUGUCUCCUUCACUCUGCAGAACAAAGUUCAGCUCUUGUGUGAAGACAGAAAAACAGGAAAAGUUUGUGAGAAGAUGAUAACUGCAUCUAAGUUUAUACUUUCUUCUCUUUUUUUUUUUUUUUUUUAACGCCUGGUAAAGUGUUACAGAGAUUCUGGGGAGGGGUGAUAAGUUGUUGUGCGUGCUUUUCAGAAUGUCACAAUGUGCCUGAAUCGUUCUUAAAAUCUUUUGUUGGCUUUCUGUCGACAAGAAACAUUGUUUUUUUCUCUCCAGCCAAUCAAAAGCAUUUACAUUCUCAGCGUAUUGUUGAUGGUUUGUCUCUGUCAUUGGCUUUGUUGGAGACAUACGCUGAAUGUACAGAUAAAACAAGCUGACCAAGGAGAAAAAUACCCAUUUCCCAUUUGGCCUCUGACCUCUCCAUCAAUUUCUCUUCCUUUCCUUCUCAGGCUUCCUCUCUGGUUCAAAUUGGUGAUGGAUGCACUGAUAAUGAUAACUGCUUCUCCUUGUGUUUUUUUUUUAAAAACUCCUUUGCAGUCUUGAAAAACUUCCCGCCUUCCCACCUGAACCAAAACUCCUCAUUCCCUCUUCCCAGACCAGGAAUGUCGAUUCAUGACUCAGAAGCAUGAUGACCACAAUGCACUGUGUUUUUACAGUAGGAUGGAUGAGAUACAUUCCACUAACAGGUGGAGCGGUUGCAGAGCUGUCUAUGCACUUUGUCCUCUGCCAUGCCAGAGGGAAGAAUAGCCAUAUAAAGAUCAGAGUAAUUCUCAGUGAUUCCCCCCUUUUUAAAAACACCAGCAAGAAACUUAAACUGUGUUUGGCUUUAUGGAACAAGACUGUGCCUGUAAUUAAUCAUGUGUCUAUUGAGCUACUGAGUUUUUGCCCAAAUUGUUCUGGAAAAUAACUCGAGUUCGUUUGAGAUGAAGGACGCUGAACAUGCGGUUUAAAAUCAAACCCCUUGCUAAAAAGUUGCAUUUCAGUCUUUUGCAGUUUGUGUCUUUUCUUAACCUCAGAGUCUGUGUGUGCAGUUUUUAAUGUGUGUCGAUCAGUGGAGAAAUGAAUUCUCUUAAAGGGCUUUGUAGUUCCGACCCCGUGACCUGAAGCUAGCCUCAUUUGGGUUCCUUUUGUAGAGCAUUUUAAGAUUGUAUAAGCAUUCCAAAUUAAUCUACUGCAUGUGAAAAUAUGGACAUGACCUCAAAAUUUUGGACUGGAAUCAUACAGAGGUUGUUGCUUUUUAAGAGUAGCAAAUAUUCACAUAGGAUUGUGGCUCUAGGUUCAGAAAAAGAUUUUUUUUUUAUUGCGGAUGCCGACAACAAAAACAGGAAGAAGUGCAGCGUGAGUGUGUCUGUGUGGGUAUGAGUGAUGAAAAUGGAAGCUCCUACUCAUUGAUGAUGUUAUAACUGAGUUAUUUUAAAUCUAAAAACUAUAAAUAUUGUACAUAAUGUCAUUAAUUUUCUGUAACCUUGUACAUGUAAUGCAACCACCUUUCUUUUUGAAGGGAGUCAAUGUGUGGUACAUGUUCUGUAAAUAAUGUUUGCAUAGCACUUGUUGCCUUCUGUUGUAUGUCGAGGCUCAUUUCAGCGCUUAAACACAUUGUUUAUAUGUAAUGAAUUGAUGAAUCCAUUUUUGCCUGCAUAACUUUGUACAAUUUUUGUGUCUUUGAUGACAUUUCCUUCAUUUUGUUUAGUUUUGCAUUUGUACAGAUGUUAAGGUAUCACUGCAGUUACAUUACGGUAUGAAAAUAAAGCACUUGUUCUGUAACAGACA